AUGAAGGGAGCUCUUAACAUUGCCAUUGCAGCAUCUCUGGCUGCCGGUGUUACCGCCCAGCCUCACGCGCACCAUCACCGACACCAGCACGCCAAGAAGCACGACCAGGCCCCUCAUGUGGUCCAGCUUAAGCAGCGCGGACCCUCCCCCGUCCUGAACGAGCGGGAUGUGGUCGUGGUCUACGAGACCCCCCUCGAGACGGCUUACGUGCUGGGCGGCGAGUCAAUCACUCCCGAGGAGGCGGAGGAUUGUCUGAGGGACAAGCUGUGCGAAAUCGUUGGAGAGUCGGAGCCCACCUUUGUCACCCCAACGCCGACGCCGACACCGACCCCGAGCCAGCCGUCCACCUCGGCUGCCAAGUCAACUUCCGCGGCCGCUGGCGAAUUCUUCGAGGCCAAGGUCAACAAGGUCGCCACUCCCUCGAGCAGCUCCGCCGAGCCCGCCUCGUCUUCGCCUGCUCCCAAGGCCACUUCGAGCUCGUCCUCCUCGGGCGCAUCCGGCAUCGACGCGGACUUCCCCGACGGAGAGAUCGACUGCAGCACGCUGCCCACCGAGUACGGCGCCGUUGCUGUCACCCAGGUUAAUCACUCUGGAUGGGGUGGUCUUCUGAACGUUGGCACUGGUGCCUUCACCGUGGGCUCCACCAAGGCCAUCUCCAGCUACUCGGCCCCUGACGGUGGUCUGGAGCCCGGCAUGUUCGGCACCUACCAGUGCCCUGAGGGCUACGACAUGGCUCAGUGGCCUGAGGGCGCCCAGGGCGCCACCGGCCAGUCCAUUGGUGGCCUCUGGUGCGGCCUCGACAACAAGCUCUACCUCACCCGCCCUGACAGCACCAAGAAGCUCUGCCAGAAAGGUGCAGGCAACGUCAAGGUCGUCAACAAGCUGAGCGACAAGGUGUCCCUGUGCAAGACCUCUUACCCCGGUAAGGAGGAUAUGAUCCUGUCAAACGUUGUCGAGGGUGGUGCCACCUACAACCUCUACAACCCCUACCAGAACCAGUCGUACGUGUGGGGUGGAGCUUCUACCUCUGCUCAGUACUACGUCAACCUGAAGGGCCUCGACAAGGACAUUGCUUGCCAGUGGACCAGCCCCAAACCUUACUCCAACAAUGCUGGCAACUGGGCCGGUGUCAACCUGGGCACCAGCGUGAACGACGAUGGCACGACCUUCCUGUCCAUCUUCCACAACACGCCCACCAGCAACACUCCCCUGGACUUCAACAUCGAGCUGAGCGGCGACGUCAGCCAGAAGUGCACGUACUCGUACUCGUCCAACUCCUUCAGCCCUAGCAACGGCAACGGCUGCACGGUCGCUGCGCAAGCCGGUGGCACCAUCUUCGUGACUCUUUCCAACUAA